AUCACCUCCAAUGCCCACCCUCCUUAUCGGUCAAUCUUUGAAGGACAUGAAACAAAAAGGAAAAAAUAUAAAAUGGCAAAUUGCUGGAAUUUACAGUUAACCCUAAGGAAGGUAAACUAUUUACGGGUUUUACCAAGUUUAACCGGAGGGAAAACCGAAUUGAAUUGAAAUACGAACCAAAGAUCAUAAAUUAGACUUAACCGUUCCCAAUCCAACUUAAACCCUCCGAUCCAAUCUCGAUUUUAACCAUCUCGAACCCGAAUCCAAAUAACCACUCAAUUUCGAUUUAAACCAAGUCUCCCCUUUAUUUCCAUUUCCCCUCUCUCUCGGGAUCCCCUCUCUCUCAACGGUUUCCCCCAAAUUCGAAAACGUAACCCUAGAACAUCCCACUCCCCUUCGAUUCCUUUGAUUUCCCUUCGAUUAUUCACCGAAAACGUGUGAAUCAUGGUUGAAACUAGGCUGGGUAAGAGAAAGGAUAGGCCUCCUCCAACGGCUCCUCCUCCGCAAAAGAGCGGGACCUCGAAGAACUCGAAGAAGAACAAACCGAAGAAGAGUUCCAAGAAGAGAAAAACGACGGAUGAGGAAUCACCGGCGGUUGAUUUUGUUGGAACCGUGGGAGUUGCAGAGGAGAAUGAAGUAGAAGAACCGGCUAAGGAUGUAGAAGAUCGGGAGAAAGAGAAAGAAGAAUCGGAGAAGGAGAAAGAAAGGGAAGAAGAAAAUGGAGACGAAGAUGAAGAGGAAGAAGAAAAUAGCGAUGAAUCUCAAGAAGAGAAAGACGAAAAUGGAGACAAAGAUGCAGAGAAAGAAGGAAAUAGCAAUGAAUCUCAAGAAGAGAAAGACGAAAAUGGAGACAAAGAUGAAGAGGAAGAAGGAAAUAGCGAUGAAGAAGUAGAGAACAAAGAUGAAGAAAAAAUUCAAGAGGAGGAAGACACCGGAGAAGAAGAGAACGGGACUCCCGAAGAGAACAGAGGUCAAAAUGAAAAUGAAAAUCAAGAACAAGGAGAACCCCCAUUGGAAGCGGAAUUAGGAAAUGUUGAUGGUGAUGGUGAAGGGGUUCUCGGGCAAGGAGAAGAGGAAUUAGAGGCAACCGAGGCAAUCAAACCGUUGAGGAUGUACUUCUAUGAGUCGGAGUACAAGAAACAAAUAAAGCUAGCGACCAAAUGUUUCGUCAAAGACGUUAUGGUUACAUUUGACAAUCUGGAACCGCCGAUGAGUGAUACUGAGAGGAAGUGGUUUGAGAAGCAUCCACAAUUCUGUCACGUGUUCCACCUGGAGAAGGACUCAAACCACAUGGUCCAAGGAAUGUGGAUGUUGCUAUUGCGGACAGUGGAUAGCUCGAAGAGGAAGGAAGUGUGGUUCAUUGUGAAUGGUGUUCCCAUCCGCUAUGGCCUGAGAGAACACGCUUUGAUCUCAGGUUUUAGCUGCCGCAACUAUCCACUUGGGUAUAAGGAGUUUGGUGAUAGAAAGUUCGUGAAGCGCCAUUUCAAGAAGGGAGAAUCAAUAAGGCUUGAGGAUGUCAAAGCGAAGCUGUUGGCUAUGGGAGAACACAGAGACCGGCUGAAGAUGAUGGUUUUGUUCUUUUUAGGAAGUGUUAUCUGUGCGCAAACGAAAGUAGGAAAAGGCGCCAGAGAUGUUUUGGAAUUCUUCCAAAGAGCUGUGGACGAUCUCGAGUUCUGCGAAAACUUUCCAUGGGGGGGGGGGGUACUCGUUUGAUUACAUGGUUAAGGAGAUAUCGCACACCAUAGAUCAUUUUGGAGGCCGGGUUAGAGAGAAGACUUUAUGGCCACUUCCAGGUUUCUGUCUGCCACUGGAGGUAAGCAAUUGAAGAUAAUCACCUUAUCAUUUGUUAAUUUUAUUGUGUUAAGUGUUUGUACAUGAUUGGUAUGUAGUUGCUUGCUUUUGAGGCAAUUCCCAAGUUGGGAUUGAAGUUCAGAAAAGAGGUUGAAGACGUCGAUGUAGACUGUCCUAGGAUGUGCAGAUCAGUCUUUAAAUCAGCAGGGAUGAAAGGGUUUUCACUUUCAAAAUUGAAUCGGGAACUGGACAAACUGGACAAAAUAACGGUAUGUUUCUUCCCCUACAAACUUUGAAAAUGUUGUAGCAUUAUACUAACAUAAGAUUAUUUUUUGGUUUUAAUUUUUUGGUAUCAGUCACGGGAUAUCCACAGCAUCCUUCCUACCAAGACAUAAGAAGAAAUAGCUCUUUUGGAAGAGAUGAAGAACUCGGUUAUGUAUUUUGUAAACUCGGUUAUGUAUUUUGUGGGAAGUUGGACCCAUUAUUUUGUUGUUGUGUGGAUGUUGGAAACCUAUUGACUUAUUAGGUAUGUUGGAUGGAACUUGUUCUUGUUAUCAUGGAUGUUGCAAUCUUGUUAUCAUGGAAGUUCUUAUGAUUAUUUUUUGAAUGUGCCUCUUAAGGAAAACUAAGAAAAGUAGGAUAACUUAAUGAAAACUAGGACAACUAGGAGAACUUGGAGAACUUAAUGAAAACUAGGAAAACUAGAAAUACUAGGAAAACUAGAAAUACUAGGAAAACUAAUUCUUCAACACCACACUUAAACUAAGCAUACAAUUCUUCAAACUUCCUAACAAUGUCAUCUUCUUCAUUUUCGUCAUUCCCGCCCCCGCCCCUUCCCUGUCUUCUUCUUCUCCAAGUGACUUUUCAUUUCAGAAAUGGUCUUCUGUAAUUGCUCAAUCACUUUAUCCUUCUCCUGGAUUUCAUCACGGGCUUGAAGCAAUGCUCUCCUUUGCCAUUUUGUACCAACCUCUUCAUCGAACCAAGAGAAGUAAUUGCAUUCAUUUCCAAGCUGCAAUAAGGUCAAAAUUCAAACCCAAUUCAAAUUCAGAUUCCAUUAUAUCCAGAUUCCAUCAUAUAUUCAUACCUUAAAACGCGGACAGCCAUAAAAGUGUCGACCAGGAUUUUUCUCAGUCCAAGCUUGCCUUAUUUUCGCCGGCAAGCCACAGUGACACAACCUCAGACAAGAAAAUCGGCGGCGGCUCCUUUGCGAUAAAGACGAACCCGAACCCGAACCCACUUCCAUCUUCACUUUUUCCAUCUCACUUGCUCGGCGAGGGGGGAAGAGAAUUCGAUUCUCAAAAUAGAGAAGAGAGACGAGAGAGGGAGAGAGACACGAGAGAGAGGGAGAGGAAAUGGGGGGAGAAAUAGAGAGAAAGAGAGAGGGAGAGAUGAAAAAGGGAUAAAAAGUCAAACUGAAAGUACUUGAAAGGCUUUGGGAGGGGAGUAAAUUUGUGUGGUUGAGAUAAUUGCCCAAAAAAAAUUUGUUCAUAGUUAUACCCAAGAUACUAGUAUUCCCAACUUUGGUCAUAGUUAUAUUUUUGUCGGUUUCAAAUUUAUUUAGUGUUACUAAUCUAUUAAAAUUGGUUAUCUAGUUUUACCUUCAAUAUUACUAGUUUAAAUUGUUAUAUAUAUAGUUCCGUGCAAUUAUAUUUAGCGAAUAGAUAUAACUCGAAAGUUUCGUUUGUAAGAUGUCUUUGGCCAACAAAGUGUUAUUGGAAUUGCAAGGUCUCGUAAGGGAUACAUGAGAGUUUUUUUCCUAAAUUUCAGAAAUUGAUAACCGAGUUUUAUUAUAAAUAUAUGUUAGAGUUGCGAAAACAAAUAUAAAACUAUGAUAUUCAGGUUUUGAUAGAGAAAAAACUAUGAGAUUCGAGUUUUGAUAUAGAUAAUACUAAUGUCAUUACAAAACAAAGUAGAUUUCAAGUUUUACGCAGUUUUCCAAGUCAUACAACACGAUACAACACGAAAUGAAACAAAGUUCAAGAGCCACAAAAUCAAGUACUCAAAUGCAUUACUCGAAAUAUGCAUUACUCCAAAUUCAUCCAAA